AUGACAGACUUAGUUAAACAGUGUGAUAGUUUUUAUGGAAGCUUGACUACUAGAAAGAAAAAAGUAAAUGUAAUUCCUAUUGCUAUCACGUUUUCGUUUAUGCAUCUUGCUAUUUUGAAAGAGAGGAACACUUACCAUAAAAAUUUAUGGAAGAGAGACUUUCCAGACGGAGAUUAUGACAAAUUAGACCAUGAUCAAUUACUUCAAUUGUGUGAUGAUAAGCCUGGUGUCAUUACUGAUAUAAUAUCCAUGCAGGCUUUUUCAGAUCUUAAUAGAGAUUCUAAUUAUGUGACAGAGGUGGAUGUUUAUUUUCAAGAACGUAUUGUUAGUGGUAUUCAAUUCAUUUUUUCAAAUGAACCGUCUUCUAAAGGAGAUAAAAACAAUGUUAUUGGAAAUGGUGAUAAAAAUCCAGAUAUAAAAUAUAAA